GGCGCAAAUAUCUGCGCAGAUAGAUCGUUGCGCGCUAACUUGCCUGAAUACAGUGCAAAAUCGUUGUCACAUACGAAGUGCUGCUGUGUCUAAUGUCUCUGAUUCACAGUAUCGUGGUAUAGUAUUGUGGCGGCGUAGGAUUUGGUUGUUGUAUGUGUUGAUUUCAUCAAACAAUUUGAGUUGUGCGUAAUGUCAUGUCGUAUUGCUAAUUUAAUGGUCUCGUCAUUACUCCGUCUACGUAGAGCAGGAAAAUUUGUAACACCAGAUCGUUUAUCAAAGAGAAAAUUUCAUAUAACCAGCAGUGUUUCCCAUGGAGAAUAUGAAUGGAAAGAUCCACAGUCUGAGGAAGAAGUUGUUGCCUGCAUUGAUCAAAAUACAGUCCUCACAAAGUUUAUAAAGCUGGGGAAAAUUAGGAACAUGCGAAGCUGUACAAACCAUAGGACUGAUCUUAGAAGAGUUAAUGUGACAUUCAUAGAUAAAGAUGGAAACGAAAUAAAAGUACGAGGGAAAGUUGGUGACAAUGUCCUGUAUUUGGCUCAUAGAUAUGGAAUUGAGAUGGAAGGUGCUUGUGAAGCAUCGUUAGCUUGCACAACUUGCCAUAUUUAUGUGCUUGGAGAUUAUUUGGACAAACUUCCACCUGCUGAAGAACAAGAAGAGGACCUGCUUGAUCUUGCUCCCUUUCUUAAGGAAAAUUCAAGACUAGGUUGCCAGAUAAUUUUGAAAAAGGAGUAUGAUGGCAUGGUUCUUCAGCUUCCAAAAGCAACCCGAAACUUUUAUGUUGAUGGACACAAACCAAAGCCUCACUAAAGUGUUCACUUAACUAUAUGAACAUAUUAGUGCCUGUGUAGAUAUUUUUUUUGUGUGUGUGUUUUUUUAAUGUACUCUAUGGCUACAGUUUUGUAUAAAAAUGUUGUGCUCCAUUGUAAUGGGAAUCUCACAUAGAAAGCAAGUAUAGACAUAAAUGUUGUAAAUAUAUUGUAAUGAAGAGUAAUUGUAAAGUAAUUUGCAACAGUAUUUCAUGAAAAGAAAAUAUUUUGUAAGAGAUGUAAAUAUAUGUAUAUUGCAUAUUAACUGCAUUGUUUGUGAACUUUAUUUAAGAAAUGAACUAACAUUCAAGUUUUAAAUCUGAAUUAUCUUAUACAGUGUACCAGUGAUCAAUGUUUACAAGACACUAACUCUGGCCAAGUCAUAGAAAUUAGAACUAUUAACUUAUAAAGCAUUUAGAAUAUGUGACACAAUAAUAAACCAAUUCUUGUGC